AUGCUGGCGGGCGGUGGAGCGGCGGCGGCGGCGGUCUCGGGGCUGCUGGGAGCGGCGGCUGCCGCCGCGGCGAAGCUGGCGCUAGGUGGAGCGGCGGCCGAUGGCUGGCUGCCUGUGCUACUUCGCGUCGGCGGUGUCGGCUUGGUGUUGGCGUGCAAUGCAGUGAUGUGGACAGUCUUUGCAAAAGCCCUGCGGCUCUCCUCCUCCUCAGCUGCUGCCUCUGUGACAACCACGGCCUCCAACUUCAUCUGCUCGGCCAUCCUGGGCAAGUUUCUCUUUGGGGAGACGUGGACACCUCUGUGGUGGGUUGGCCUCACCGUGACGCUCUGUGGCCUCAUGCUACUGCACACAGCUUCACCCCGGCCAGCACAGCUGCCAGAGGAGAAGAAGGAGGCAUGAUGGCUGCUGGAGGAGGCACAGCACUGCACCCCCCUCAUCAGCCUGCAUCCUGACCACAUUCCCAGUCCUCAGCCAACUCGGAAUGUGCCAGCCAUGGGCCUGCUAACUCCUGCUCGCCUGCUGAGCUUACAUCUCCUGAAGUCACACGUCUUGCCUGGCAGAACAUUGGUGGUGUGGUGGCAGUGACAGCCUCAGAGCUGGUCUGCUCUGAGUCAGUGUGGUGGAAAUCAGGGCCAGGGACUUAUCAGCUUGCUCCUUCUCUUCACACCCUGAGACUGCGGAGCUAUCCCAAUUUGGGGAAGGCUGAAAGCAAACAUGGUGGCUGUGAAAGGUGCCUGUGUAUCAGGACUUUUCCAUAGUGGGACCUGUCCCAAAAUAGAAAAGCAGUCAGAGGUAGACACUGAAGGCAGCGAAUAUUUCUGCUCUGCUUCUCCUGACUUUCCUCUCUGCAUCUUGAGAUGCUGUCUACUUUUGUCUGUAAGUCUGUGGAGCCUUUCCCUAAUUCCCUCACCCUUCCCUAAUUCCCUCACCCUUCCCUAAUUCCUUCACCUUUCCCUGUCAGUCCCAUGCACCUUUUAUCUUGCCAUUGGUAUCUGACACCUGCAGCUUCCACUUACCCUUUCCUGACAUGUUCCUCACUGUAAGGUUGCUGCUCUUUCCUUUAAACUCUUAACCAGGCUGUGGUUUUGAUCACUGUUCCUGCUGGCCGUAGGUCAAACUAUGACUUUGGGACAGUACAGUAGCUGCAUGUGAAGAGUCAGCUGCUGACACUAGGAGUGUCCUUGUUCAACAUGUUCUCCCCUCCCCACUUAAGCUGCUGUUGGCUUUA